AUGACACGUCCCACCGAUACAUCAGCAGUGGCUUAUCAAGGUCCACCUCUCUACGCUGUCCCUGAAGAUCUGGUUCACCUAAACGUCCUUGAUAUGAACAAUACCGAUGAGCGUCUCUGGGUACCGCAAGCUAAAGACGUCUGGUUUCGUCCCCUGCUGUUCAAUACAUCCCAAGGCUAUUUCGUCAAUCUCCUGCGAGUCAGAAAGUCCGGGAUUUUAUCGCGACAUCGUCAUGCCGGACCUGUACAUGCAACAACGCUCAAGGGUCGAUGGCACUACCUGGAACAUGAUUGGUGGGCAGAAGAAGGAUCUUAUGCUUUUGAGCCUCCCGGAGAUAUCCACACGUUAGAGGUGCCGGAAGGUGUGGAAGAGAUGAUCACCAUGUUUCAUGUAACUGGCGCAUAUAUUUAUGUAGAUCCAAUGGGAAAACCAGAAGCUGUGGAGGAUGUGUUCUCGAAGAUUGAUCUGGCUAGAGCUCAUUUUGAAAAGGUGGGAUUAGGCGCAGACUUCGUAAAUCAUUUCAUACGUUGA